AUGAGUAUGGACGAACCAGUGGAGAUGAUCCGGAUGCUACAUCAGAAGAUGGAGGAGAUGCAUCAGGGUCAUGAGGCAGAACUCAUAGCCGUCAAGGCCGAAUGUUCGGCGCGCAUUGCUCGUGAGGGGGCAGAAGAAAAGGAAGAAGGAGAGCAGGCUAAGGAACGUGGCAAGGCUGCAAUGGAGGACCAAGCCGAGCACAGCAGUGGGCCGGACAAGACGUUGAAACCCACAGAAUCGGAGGUCGAGGGAAGCAAGGCUAAAUCAGUCCACGCGGAGAGUGCCGCGGGGGACAAGCAAUUGGUGAUAAAAACUGAGACCUCGUCAACAUUGUUACUCCCCUUCGUCCAAGCGAUCAUGGACGUCCAGAUAUCGGAGCAGUUCGUCCCGCCUCAGUUCAAAAUAUACGACGGGAUGAUGGACCCAGAGGCCCAUAUCAAAACCUUUUCGAACACAAUGGCGUCCCGAACUGGCAACGACGCCAUUUGGUGCCGAGCAUUCUCCUUGUCAUUGGAGGGGGAGGCGCUUGAGUGGUUUAACUCACUUCCCCCCAAUUCCAUCGAGAAUUUCGUUGGACUACAAUGCUUGUUCAAUCGUCAAUUCGCCAGCAAUAGCACUCAGGACUUGACCGUCUUCGAGUUGGUCACCUUGAAACAGGGGAAGGAAGAAACUUUGAGAGCGUUUAUGGAUCGCUACCAAAAGACAGUCCGACGGGUGAAGGGCUUGAGCCUAGAACUCGCCUUGCAGUACAUCCUACCUGUCCUCAAGCCCGGGCCAUUCAAGGAUAGCGUCUGGCGACGGGCGCCCAAGACUACGGAAGAACUGCGAGAGAGGGUGGUUGAUGAAAUAAGGGUGGAGGAGAUGAAAUUGUCGUACAAGAAGGAGAGUCAGGAAAUCAAAACCAACGGGGGGAAAUCGAGCGGUCAAGCUGGGAAAUCUGGGGGGUUCAAGCAAAGAGAACCGCCCCAAGGACCACGAUUCCAACAAUACACCCCUUUGAACACCCCUCGGGCGAAAAUUUUCCAGGAAGCUUUGAGUGCAGAGUUGAUCUCGAAGCCGGAAAGACAACCCACUCCACUGGGGGCGGAUGGAAACAAACACUGCUUGUACCAUAAAAACAUGGGCCACACCACGGAGGAGUGUGUGACCCUGAAGGAUAAAAUAGAAGAAUUAAUCCGUUCGGGGCAACUGAAGAAGUAUGUGCGGAUUGACCGACCACGUGCACCUAUGGAUCGAUCGAGUCCACGACGGACCAGCCCUAGGAGACCAGAGAGACAAGAAAGGUCAAGAAAGGACCGGAUCGAUCGCCCACGAUCGGAGAGACGACGAAGUAGAAGCCGCAGCAGAAGCCACGACCGUCCCCUGCGAGGACAUAUUAACACAAUAUUCAGUGGUUUCGCAGGAGGAGGAUCUUCUUCAUCCGCCCGCAACCUUCAUGUGAGGGCCCUACGAUCCGUCCACGCGGUUUAUAAGCCCCGGCUGACGAUGUCGUCCAUUACAUUUUUGGACGAAGAUUUUCAUGCACCCGACCCCGAUCAAGAUGACCUGAUGGUUAUAACGACGAAGAUCGCCCGCUAUAGUGUGAGUAAGGUGUUGAUUGACUAG